CGCUGAUCUGUUUCUGCUUGGAGAUUGGGGAGUAUGCGAGAUGUGCAAGAGGGUAGCAAGAGAAAUGGAGUUGAAUUAAAGUAACGGACGGACUUUGACACAAAGGGAGGGGUACUUCAGAUCCAAGGAUAUCUAACUAAACGCAAGAGACGGGGAGAAACCACGAUUAGUUCAAAAUAUUUAAAUUCAAAGCCAACGCACUUGAAAUGAAGCUAUUAAAACCAAGUUGGGUCAGUCACAAUGGUAAGCAUUUGAAUCGCGGUUGUGCUGGAAUGAAUAAUAAUAGUUGACCGAAUCUUGACCCAAGCCAAGUUGCGCUUCUGUUGUUGUUUGGGGGGGUUAGCUAGCUGACGUUACACAUUCCUGCAAAGCACAAUGCUCUCUUGAAUGAGCCAUGCGCUAAGAUGCUAACAAUAGCUAGGUAGUCAUAUGCUUUUAUUUGUUAAGGUUAGCUAGUAAGCAUAUUCCACAAAGCAGUAAGUAGAUGGCAGUUGUUGCAAAACACCCCAAUGCAGGCUGCAGAAUUCAUUUUAGACCGUGUCUACAGCUGGGGUGUAUUUAUUACCCCGAUUCUGUUGCGAAAACGUUUCGUCUGUUGCAAAACGUUUCGUCUGUUGCAAAACGUUUCGUCUGUUUCAAAACGUUUCGUCUUUGCAAAACGUUUCGUAACAGGAACAGUUUACUCCAGACGCUCUUCAAUGUGCAACAGAAUCUGCAUAAUGAUUACCCCCCUGGUGUUCUGAAUCUGGCAUUUUAGCUAGCUACAGCAUUUUGGUGACAUGCUUGUUAAUACAAUUUAAAUCACGUCUGCUUCUCAGGGAAACCAAUAUUUUCUGUUGACAUCCAUCCUGAUGGAACAAAGUUUGCCACGGGUGGUCAGGGUAAGGUCCUUCAUUACUAAGCAUGAUAGCGAUAACGGUAUAACUGUUAGGGUUACAUUAAAACAAUACACCUCACUAAACAGUACAAGCAUAAAGUACAGUUUGAGCAUUUUCUCAAGCAUACAAUAAUAAUCAUUCCACUAUGCAGUAUAUAUAUUUUUUACACUUUAAAUGAGAUCAGUUGAAUGGUACUGAGUUCUGUUUGGGUGCCAUGUGUUGCAGGAGAGGACUCUGGGAAGGUUGUCAUAUGGAACAUGGCCCCAGUGCUCAGAGAGGAGGAUGAGAAGAAGGAGAACAUCCCCAAGAUGCUUUGCCAGAUGGACAAUCACUUAGGUGCUUAUUUUCUCGCUGAUGUUUGGUGUCUGCUGCUCAGAUCUGACUGACAUUAGAGAGACGAACCAUAUGCCUGCGUGUUUUGAAUCUGACAAAAAAAAAUCUGCAUACAAGAGGUGCUGUGGGGUGAAGUUUCCCAUCUCCCAAUCCUAACCUUAACCCAUUAGUGGGGGGAAUGCAAAAACUGUCUCAAGAUCAGUGUCUAGGGGCAAAUUCACUCUACACCAGAAGCGGUGGAUCACUUCUGUGUGAACUAAAACAGGUGUUGUGUUGAUUUUAUUUUUUAGCCUGUGUGAACUGUGUUCGCUGGUCAAACAACGGGCUUUACCUGGCCUCCGGAGGAGAUGACAAGCUGGUCAUGGUGUGGAAGAGAGCUGCGUACGUAACACACACACCCCCCCCCCCCCCCUAAACACAUGCUGUGUUUGGUUGACAUUUUCCUGUAAUAUUGUGCCAUUGCAAAUCACCAUGUAAGUCACACGUGUCAAACUCAUUCCCCGGAGGUCUGAGUGUCUGCAGGGUUUCACUCCUCCCUUGUACUUGUUUAAUGAAUUAAGGCACUAAUUAGUAAGGAAUUGAAAGGAAAAACCAAAAACCAGCAGUCACUAGGCCCUCCAUGGAAUGAGUUUGACACCCCUGAUGUAAGUGAUCUUUGAUUUUCUCUGUGUUCACUUGAACAGCUUCAUUGGACCGAGUACUGUAUUUGGGUCGAGCAGUAAAUUGGCCAACGUGGAACAAUGGCGCUGUGUGACUAUACUGAGAAACCACACAGGGGGUAAGUUGCCUGCUCUAUGUAAAGAUGGUUAAUUUGGGAAGAUUUUUCUCAUGCCUGGUCACAGCUCAGAUAAUGCUCUACAUUACAUUGACAGUCGUUUGCCUGUGGGCACGUCCCGUCUGUGUUUUCAGAUGUCAUGGAUGUGGCGUGGUCCCCUCACGACGUGUGGUUAGCCUCCUGCAGUGUGGACAACACCAUUGUGAUCUGGAAUGCCCGCAAAUUCCCAGGUGCGAGCCGAACGAGAACCACCAUUUAAAAAAUUUUUUUUUUUGUGUGAGGUAUUUCUCACACGGCCUUCCUCUUCCCUCCAGAGAUAGUGGCGUCGCUGAAGGGCCACACAGGCCUGGUGAAGGGGCUGACGUGGGACCCUGUAGGGAAGUACAUCGCCUCCCAGGCUGACGACCACAGCCUGAAGGUGUGGAGGACCAUGGACUGGCAGCAGGAGACCAACAUCACCAAGCCCUUCAACGAGGUGAGCUCCACUCCGCCAAGCUGACAACCUUCCACACAACACAGUUGGGGUGUAUUCAUCAGUGCAAACCGUAGCAAAACACUUUUUGCAACAGUAAACGUUUUGCAACCAAAAACGACUGUCAACAUAACGGUUGCUGUUAAUAAUGGCUGAUCCCUGGCCGUGACUCCACUUUCCGAGGUUGUCUUUACAUUUACAUUUAAGUCAUUUAGCAGACGCUCUUAUCCAGAGCGACUUACAAAUUGGUGCAUUCACCCUAUAUAUUUUUUUGGGGGGGGGGGGGGGGGGGGGGGGCUAGAAGGAUUAUACUUCAUCCUAUCCCAGGUAUUCCUUAAAGAGGUGGGGUUUCAAAUGUCUCCGGAAGGUGGUGAGUGACUCCGCUGUCCUGGCGUCGUGAGGGAGCUUGUUCCACCAUUGGGGUGCCAGAGCAGCGAACAGUUUUGACUGGGCUGAGCGGGAACUAUGCUUCCGCAGAGGAAGGGGAGCCAGCAGGCCAGAGGUGGAUGAACGCAAUGCCCUCGUUUGGGUGUAGGGACUGAUCAGAGCCUGAAGGUACGGAGUUGCCGUUCCCCUCACUGCUCCAUAGGCAAGCACCAUGGUCUUGUAACGGAUGCGAGCUUCAACUGGAAGCCAGUGGAGUGUGCGGAGGAGGGGGGUGACGUGAGAGAACUUGGGAAGGUUGAACACCAGACGGGCUGCGGCAUUCUGGAUGAGUUGUAGGGGUUUAAUGGCACAGGCAGGGAGCCCAGCCAACAGCGAGUUGCAGUAAUCCAGACGGGAGAUGACAAGUGCCUGGAUUAGGACCUGUGCCGCUUCCUGUGUAAGGCAGGGUCGUACUCUCCGAAUGUUGUAGAGCAUGAACCUGCAGGAUCGGGUCACCGCCUUGAUGUUAGCGGAGAACGACAGGGUGUUGUCCAGGGUCACGCCAAGGCUCUUCGCACUCUGGGAGGAGGACACAACGGAGUUGUCAACCGUGAUGGCGAGAUCAUGGAACGGGCAGUCCUUCCCCGGGAGGAAGAGCAGCUCCGUCUUGCCAGGGUUCAGCUUGAGGUGGUGAUCCGUCAUCCAUACUGAUAUGUCGGCCAGAUAUGCAGAGAUGCGAUUCGCCACCUGGUUAUCAGAAGGGGGAAAGGAGAAGAUUAGUUGUGUAUCGUCAGCGUAGCAAUGAUAGGAGAGGCCAUGUGAGGAUAUGACAGAGCCAAGUGACUUGGUGUAUAGGGAGAAAAGGAGAGGGCCUAGAACUGAGCCCUGGGGGACACCAGUGGUGAGAGCACGUGGUGCGGAGACAGCUGGGGGGGGGGGCGUGUGAUAUGGAAAAAAAACACAUGUCCAAUUCAUUUACAUUUACAAUUCACACAUGUAUAGUAUAAUAUAUAUAUAUAUGUGUGUGUGUGUGUGUGUGUGUGUGGUGUAUAAUACACACUAUACAUGUGUGAAAUUGGACAAAUGUAAGCACCCACAUUAUUAUUAUUAUUAUUAUAAAAAAUACUAUUCGACAUAUUCAGGUACGUCUCUUCCCGUUUCGGCCUGUUUGCUUCUAUUUAGUUCCUAGUGAGUUCACCCCAGCUGUCACUCUCCCUGGGGCCUCCCUUUUGUCUCAGGCUUGAUGUUUGUAAUUUCUGUUGCCCCACUCAUUGACCACUAACGCCCUGUUCUCUGUUCCUCUGUGUUGUUGACCAGUGCGGGGGGACCACCCACGUGCUGCGCCUCAGCUGGUCUCCCGACGGACAGUACCUGGUGUCGGCCCACGCUAUGAACAACUCGGGGCCAACCGCUCAGAUCAUUGAGAGGGACGGCUGGAAGACCAACAUGGACUUUGUGGGCCACCGCAAGGCUGUCACUGUUGUGGUGAGGGCCAGUGAUCAAUCAAUCAAAUGUAAUUUAUAAGGUCCUUUUUACAUUAGCACUUGUCACAAAGUGCUUUACAGAUACCCAGCUUAAAACCUACCUUAAAACCCCAAACAGCAAGCAAUGCAGAGCAGAAGCACAGUGGCUAGGAAAAACUCCCUAGAAGUAAGGAACCUAGGAAGAAACCUGUAGAGGAACCAGGCUCAAAGGAGUGGCCAUAGGCAGGAACCCAGGAAGAAACCUAGAGAGGAACCAGGCUCAGAGGAGUGGCCAGAGGGCAGAACCUAGAAGACACCUAGAGAGGAACCAGUGCUCGAGGAUUUGGCCAGGGCACUAACCUGAGGAAGAAACCUAGAGAGGAACCAUGCUCAGGAGUGGCCAAGAGCAUGAACCCAGAAGAAACCUAGAGAGGAACCAGGCAGUCUCGAGGAGUAGCCAGAGGCAUAACCCGUAACCCAGGACGAACCUAGAGAUGAACCAGGCUCGAUGAUGGUCAGAGGCAGGAAACCCAGGAAUAACCUAAGAGGAACCAGGCAGGCUCAGAUGAGUGGCCAAGGCACACCUAGGAAGAAACCUAGAGAGGAACCAGUCUCAUAGAUUGGCCAGAGGCAGGAACCAGGAAGAAACCUAGAUAGGAACCAGUCUCAUAGGAGUAGCCAGAGGCAUAACCCAGGAAUAAACCUAGAGAGGAACCAGGCUCAUAGGAGUAGGUCAGAGGCAGGAACCCAGGAGAAACCUAGGAGGAAACCAGGCCUCAGAGGAGUGGCGCAGAGGCAGUAACCUAGGAAGAAACCUAGAGAGAAACCAGGCUCAGAGGAGUGGCCAGAGGCAGUAACCUAGGAAGAAACAUAGAGAGGAACCAGGCUCAGAGGAGUGGCCAAUCCUGUUCUGUGGACUCUGAAUGACAUUAAUGGAUUAUUUUUUAUUUUGGACUCCACCUGGAAUCCCUUAGAAGAUAUGAUUGAUUUUGUAUUUUUGUACAUUGCCCUGAGAACUAGUCAGCUUACAUGUUAGGCUUUCUGGUAAACACUCUUAUUCUUGUAAGGGUGAUAGUGGAUGCACAUUGAAUAGGAAUCUGAGUAAUACAACUACUGCUUUAUGUGCAAAACACUUUCCAAAGCAUGUUGUCACAGCAACAUGCGAUUAUUAAACAAGUUUGGAGGGUGAUCGUUCCACAAGCAUGCAGACACUGACAUACGUUUAGAGGGUAGAAUUGGGAUGGCAUUUCAGCUCUAGAAUCCCUCAGUCUCCCAAUCACCUCACUCUGCUAAUCUCUCUCUCUCACUCACCUUCUGCAGAAAUUCAACCCCAAAAUAUUCAAAAAGAAACAGAGGAAUGGGAGUUCUCCCAAACCCAGCUGUCCCUACUGCUGCUGUGCUGUGGGAAGCAAAGACCGCUCCCUCUCCGUUUGGGUAAGUACCGUCUGUCUGUGUCAUAGACAUUAAAACCAGUAGAUAGUGAUAGCGCUGACGUCAUCCACGUAUUCCUGUGGAAAACUCCCGAUGGCGCAUGGAGACGGAAGUAUUUGAAUUUGAAGGGGUCCAUAUUGCUGAAUGGGGCUGAAUAGCACCAAAAAAUAAGGAUCAUGGUUGCCAUAACUAGCAAAGGAUCAUGGUCGAUGUAGUCAUUUUCAUCCUGCCUGAGAGAGUCAACCGGGAGCCUCCUCGUAACCUGCCGGCCCGUGAUUGGUCUGUGUCAGUACGUGGUCCUGUGCGAUGACGAAUGUAGUAGUCUGAAUGGAUCGCUAUUUAAUUAAAUAUCUUGAUACGUAGCGAACUUUAAAAUAAUUCACAGUGGGGAUCGAACUUGAUCAUAAUCAAUUAAUUUUAGAGGCCAAAACGAGCGUCAAUUUUUUUUCCUGUUUGGCCGUUCUUGCGAUCAUAAUUUACGUAGGCUUUCUAGGGCAGACCAGACAGCUAGGUUGCUACGCAGUAGCCGACCAGCAGCGCUUGUGACUUCACGCUCCUGACCGGACACUGGGGGCCUGGUCUGUGGACAGGAUCUUUGUUUAUCCUCUAUACCUCAUUCAAACUGACAUAUCCCCUAGCAAAAAAUCGUUUUUUCCUGUUUUUUGUUGUCUUGAUUGUUUAAUUGCAUCCAAUCUGUUCACACAUUUUAGACAGAUAAUGAGACACACCCCUCUAUCAAUGUGUCUUGACAGCUGUAUGUGUACAUAUGGAGGUCUCUGUAGAAUCCCCAACAACAUAUUUAUAAUAAACUGUACCAACUCAGUUUUGUGUGUGUUUGUGGGCGUACCUCUCCGUUUCCAGCUGACGUCUCUGAAGCGCCCUCUAGUGGUCAUCCACGACCUGUUUGAUAAAUCCAUCAUGGACAUCUCAUGGUGAGAGCCACCUCCUCCCACCACCUUCCCCCCUCACUGAAUUAAUCUACUUUGACAUAUAAUACAUGUUUUUAGAGACCGAUAGUUUCUUAGCCUGGGUUCCAGUCUGUUUCUUAGCCUGGGCGCCAGUAUGUUUCUAAGCCUGGGCUCCAGUCUGUUUCUGCUCGCUUGCCAACUCCUUGUGGAAUUGUCAAGCCAAUGGAGUAGGCAAGAGCCAAACAGAACUGGGACCAGGCUAGCAGUUUGAUGAUAUUAGUUUUCUCAAAAGUGUAUAGAGAUACGUGUGCUGUUAGUUACAGUGUGCGGUGGCGUUUUGCUCCCUGCUCCACUUAGGACCUUGAAUGGGCUGGGUAUCUUGGUGUGCUCCAUGGACGGCACAGUGGCGUACCUCAACUUCUCUCAGGACGAGCUCGGGGACCCCCUCAACGAGGAUGAGAAGGUCAGCCAACUGCUCAUGUCCUUUGACGUGACCCCACCAGUGUUGGAGUCAAUUCCAUAACUUCAAUUCCAAUUCAAUUCCCUCUCUCUGUACAUUCUCUGUAAAUAUAAAGUUUCCCCCAAAAAAACUUUGCAGAGAAGGUAGCGCUUUAGUUUCCCCCAUAAGCUUUGCAGCGAAGGUGGCAUUUAUAUUUCUCACAACAACCCAGAACACUUGUAGAACAACCAAGUGCUUAGUUUAGCAAAUUUCAGUUCACAUAUAUAUUUUCUCUCCCUGCUGUGGCACUGGGCCCGUCAAGUGUCACUUUAGCUUUCAAGAGACUCCCUCCAGGUCCAGAAGGUGUUUGUCUAGUGGACUAGGAGAGGCUCUUCUAGCUAGCUAACACUUAUCCAUCCGUCUCCCUCCUCCAUCCAGAAUGCCAUCCACCAGAACAUCUAUGGGAAGAGCCUGGCCAUCACCACCGAGGCACAGCUCUCCACCACCAUCAUUGAGAACCCGGAGAUGCUCAAGUACCAGCAGGAGAGGCAGCGUGCGGAGCAGGCCAACCACAGGAUGGCCCACGAGGCCCAGGCCCACAAACUCACCAGCGUGGUCAACGGAGAGUCCCUGGAGGACAUCCGCAAGGUAGGACGGGCCAGCUAGUUUACCCAAGGUACAGAUCUGGGAUCCGUUUUCCCUCCCACAAUCCUAACCAAAAGUGGGGAAUCUGCAAAACUGACCCAAGAUCAACAUCUAGGCCAGGGGUGACAUCUGCAAGGUAGGACGGUACCAGGGUUGGGGUCAAUUCCAUUUCAAUUCCAGACAAUUCAAGAAGUACACUGAAAUUCCAAUUAUUUUCAAUGCUUUUAAUGAGGGACAUUUGGAAUUGGAAUUUGGUUUACAUUUCGGAAUUGACUGAAAUUGAAAUGGAAUUGACCCCAACCCUGAUAAGUUCAGAUCUAGGAUCAGCUUACCCUCCCCCAAUCCUAACAUUACCCAUUAGUGGAGAAUCUGCUAAAUGGACCCAAGAUCAGCAUCUAGGGGCAACUUCACCCUACUCCGCACGGCAACAAUGCACCCCAGCCAGGAAGCCCUACCUCAGAGCAAGACCAGUACAGCACUACAGUCUGAUUAACACUAUAAAGCCUAACCCAGCCAAGUCUGAUCAACACUAUAAAGCCUAACCCAGCCAAGUCUGAUCAACACUAUAAAGCCUAACCCAGCCAAGUCUGAUCAACACUAUAAAGCCUAACCCAGCUAAGACUGAUUAACACUAUAAAGCCUAACCCAGCCAAGUCUGAUCAACACUAUAAAGCCUAACCCAGCCAAGUCUGAUCAACACUAUAAAGCCUAACCCAGCUAAGACUGAUUAACACUAUAAAGCCUAACCCAGCCAAGUCUGAUCAACACUAUAAAGCCUAACCCAGCCAAGUCUGAUCAACACUAUAAAGCCUAACCCAGCCAUGUCUGAUCAACACUAUAAAGCCUAACCCAGCUAAGACUGAUUAACACUAUAAAGCCUAACCCAGCCAAGUCUUACCACUAUAAAGCCUAACCCAGCAAGCUGAUCAACACUAGAAGCCUAACCAGAAGCUGAUCAACACUAUAAAGCCUAACCAGCCAUGUCGAUCAACACUAUAAAGCUAACCCAGAUAAGACUGAUUAAAACACUAUAAAGCCUACCCAAGCUAAGACUGAUCAAACACUAUAAAGCCUAACCAGCUAAGAUGAUACACUUAAAGCCUAAACCAGCUAAGACUGAUCAACACUAUAAAGCCUAACCCAGCUAAGAUCUGAUCAACACUAUAACCGCCUCAACCCAGAUCCAAGUCUGAUUCAUACACUAUAAAGCCAACCCAGCCUAGUCUGAUCAACCACUAUAAAGCCUAACCCAGCUCAAGUCUGGAUUAACACUAUAAAGACCUAACCCAGCCCAAGACUGAUCAACACUAUAAAGGCCUAACACCAGCUAGCACUGAUUUAACACUAUAACAGCCUAACCCAGCCUAAGCACUGAUUAACACUAUAAAGGCCUAACCCAGCUAAGACUGAUUAACACUAUAAAGCCUAACCCAGCCAAGUCUGAUUCACACUAUAAAGCCUAACCCAGCCCAAGUCUGAUUAACACUAUAAAGCCUAACCCAGCUAAGACUAAUUAACACUAUAAAGCCUAACCCAGCCAAGCAGAACCAAGCUGUACAGGGCUGGCCGGGUUAUGCAUCUAACGUAGUUGCUGGAAUGGAAAAAUUAUGUGAAAAUAAAAUAUCCAAGCCAGAACAGUAUGGUUCCGGUCAGUCAUCUAAUGUGAGUCAGAAACACAUGCCCAGCCCAGUACAUCUGUCAUUCAGUCCUCCAUUUUGCAGGUGUUCGGUUCUCUCCACUGUUUGAUUUACGAUGACAUUAUUGUAUUUAGUAAUUUCCCUACAUUUUGACAUUGGCUUCAUUGAGGGGAUGUAAUGAAAUGAUGGGCAUAUAGGAAAUCAAUGAACAUAUCGAUAUGGAUAACGUAAACCAGAACACCAAUGCAUAACAUUGACCCACAGCUCCCUGUAUGGUUGUGUCUAGGGUGCAACUUUCCCAAAAUUCCCCGGUUUUACAGAAAUCCUGGUUGAAAGAUUCCUGGAAUUACGAGGGAAUAAGGAGGAAAUCCUCUAUUCAAAAUGUCAGGAAAACCAGGGACUUUUGCAACCCUAGUUCUGUCUUUAUUUUGUUUUGCCACCUUUGUCCUUGCAUAGUCUCGACAGACCUUCUCUCCCUAAAAGGCAGAUAUCAGGGCCCGUAUUCGUUAAAGGGAUAUUCCAGCGAUUUGACAAAAGUUUCCUUACUUUGAAAGCUGUCUAUGGACAAGGAUUAGCAACAUUUGCAUUUCGGGAUCAAUUUCCCAUGUAAGUCAAUCUCUCCCGCUUAGCAUGUAUCAAAUUUCAUGCUGAACUGUCCCUUUAAACAUCUCAGAUGUUUAUAUAAUCUGUCCAUAUAAUCGUAUUCAUUGCGAUCUAAAAGGCUAAACUGAUCCUAAAUCAGCACUCCUACUUUUUGUCUGAAGGAACCUUAAAAUCUGAAUGAAAACGGUUCUCAUUGUUAACAAGACAAAUGGACGUUGAGAUGAGUUGGUAUUAUGUUGUCAUGUAUUCUGUGGCCUUGCACAUGUCUUAGUGGUCUCUGUCGUUACCUUGGAUAUUUCUUUUCUUCUCUUAGAACCUGUUGAAGAAACAGGUUGAGACAAGGACUGCAGACGGCAGGAGAAGGAUCACUCCUCUCUGCAUCGCCCAGCUCGACACAGGGUAACACACACCUUUCCAUUUAUUCUAGUCCAGCCAUUACAAAUGGGCCCUUCCGCCGAUUUUCUUCCUCCACCAGCUGUCAAACAGAGCAGUUACACUGUAGAACUCCAUUUGGAAGACCGCUUCAUUCUAUUUUGGUUGUUUUGGUUUUAAUAUAUGUUUAUUUGGGGAUUCAUUUUUUUUCUCCCAUGUUAAAAACAUGCGAAUACAUUGUCAAGCCAAAUCACAUACAAUUUCAUACAUUUGUUGCGUUCACCAGCUAGAAAACCAAAUGUCGCUCGAACAGAAGGGGGAACUAACAAAGACCAAACAAAACAGGUGGGGUUUUAGGAGGGGUUCUGAAAAACACUCAUGGGGGUGUCCACUGAAACCUAAAAAACACCCACCACGAGCGCCCACUAAAUGUGCCCAAGAAGAGGCAAACAAAAGAAAAACCCACACCAAACUUAGACAGGAAGCAAACCAAAAAGGUAGAGGAAAACAAAAUCAGACCAAGGAAUGUUUUUCUAGAAAUCAAAUGGGGAGAGCCAACUUAAAGGUGUUUACCCUCCGCAUCUUUCGAGAUAACUGGAGUGCUGGGCCAGCCACUCUUAAAUAGCACCUUGGCCAGCACAGGUGAAACACCUUCCCACUAACGAGAUGGAAACCAGCACAGGUGUAACCCAUACUGACUAACGAGGUUACACCAAUCGUCGCGCUAACGAGCUAUACCUUCCCCUUUAAGACAACAAAUAUAUCCUAUAUUUUUGUUAGACAACAGAAAACAAUGUUAAUUUCACAACAUAAUCAACUUAAAUGUGUCGCUACUUAUAAUGCGUCGCAUCCUCCAAUAUAAACUGGCUGUCAACAAUUAAAUACAAGACAAAAACAGCCACAUUUGUUUGUAUAAUUUUUUUUACUGUUUGCUAACAUUCACAAGUUUUGAGAAACGGGUCAAAUAAAACUCAUCCACCUGGAACGUGCGCAACCAAAACAAUAUGGCAAAACAAAUUGUGAGCAACAACUGGCUAAACGCAAAACACAACUUAUUGACUGCCCACCUUUUGAGAGACAAUCAGCAACCAAGUUGUCCUUACCACGGACAUGUCUGAUUUCAAGGGGAAACUCCUGCAAUAUCUGUAGUAACUUGCCUCUCGUGAUUUUCCUCAGUGGAAUUUGUUUGAUUGGGGCAGAGUCCCCAACGUCAAUGGCAUGCUCUAGUACAUUUGUCUGUUGGCACAUCUGAGAAUAAAACCUGAUAUUCUAAAAGCAGUGCAACAAUGUCGCCUUUUUCCUCAGGUGACAAGUGUGCCAAAAAGGCAUCAAGGUUUUCUAGAAUCUCUGAGUUACUCAACCGUCCUACCGUCACAGGGUGUAUUGGACUUUCCUCAUACUCUUGAGGAAGACUAGAGUCAAUGGUGACAGCAGUGGCUACAUGCAGAACAUCACUACCAGUUUCCACUGACUUCUCCGCCCGAUCGUAAUGGGUGAAGUAUGGUUUCAACAUGUUGACGUGACACAGCCGUUUUAUUUGUUCUGCGCUCAAAUCAAAUCAAAUUUUAUUGGUCACAUGUGCCGAAUACAACAGGUGCAGACAUUACAGUGAAAUGCUUACUUACAGCCCUUAACCAACAGUGCAUUUAUUUUUAACAAAAAAAGUAAAAAUAAAACAACAACAAAAAAAGUGUUGAGAAAAAAAAGAGCAGAAGUAAAAUAAAGUAACAGUAGGGAGGCUAUAUAUACAGGGGGGUACCAUUGCAGAGUCAAUGUGCGGGGGCACCGGCUAGUUGAGGUAAUAUGUACAUGUGGGUAGAGUUAAAGUGACUAUGCAUAAAUAAUUAACAGAGUAGCAGCAGCGUAAAAAGGAUGGUGUGGGGGGGCAGUGCAAAUAGUCCGGGUAGCCAUGAUUAGCUGUUCAGGAGUCUUAUGGCUUGGGGGUAGAAGCUGUUGAGAAGUCUUUUGGACCUAGACUUGGCACUCCGGUACCGCUUGCCAUGCGGUAGCAGAGAGAACAGUCUAUGACUAGGGUGGCUGGAGUCAAUUUUGCGGGCCUUCCUCUGACACCGCCUGGUAUAGAGGUCCUGGAUGGCAGGAAGCUUGGCCCCAGUGAUGUACUGGGCCGUACGCACUACCCUCUGUAGUGCCUUGCGGUCGGAGGCCAAGCAGGUGCCAUACCAGGCGGUGAUGCAACCAGUCAGGAUGCUCUCGAUGGUGCAGCUGUAGAAUUUUUUGAGGAUCUGAGGACCCAUGCCAAAUCUUUUCAGUCUCCUGAGGGGGAAUAGGCUUUGUCGUGCCCUCUUCACGACUGUCUUGGUGUGUUUGGACCAUGAUAGUUCGUUGGUGAUGUGGACACCAAGGAACUUGAAGCUCUCAACCUGUUCCACUACAGCCCAGUCGAUGAGAAUGGGGGCGUGCUCAGUCCUCUUUUUUUUCCUGGAGUCCACAAUCAUCUCCUUUGUAUUGGUCACAUUGAGGGAGAGGUUGUUGUCCUGGCACCACACGGCCAGGUCUCUGACCUCCUCCCUAUAGGCUGUCUCAUCGUUGUCGGUGAUCAGGACUACCACUGUUGUGUCGUCGGCAAACUUAAUGAUGGUGUUGGAGUCGUGCCUGGCCAUGCAGUCAUGGGUGAACAGAGAGUACAGGAGGGGACUGAGCACGCACCCCUGAGGGGCCCCCGUGUUGAGGAUCAGUGUGGCAGAUGUGUUGUUACCUACCCUUACCACCUGGGGGCGGCCCGUCAGGAAGUCCAGGAUCCAGUUGCAGAGGGAGGUGUUUAGUCCCAGGAUCCUUAGCUUAGUGAUGAGCUUUGAGGGCACUAUGGUGUUGAAUGCUGAGCUGUAGUCAAUGAAUAGCAUUCUCACGUAGGUGUUCCUCUUGUCCAGGUGGGAAAGGGCAGUGUGGAGUGCAAUAGAGAUUGUAUCAUCUGUGGAUCUGUUGGGGCGGUAUGCAAAUUGGAGUGGGUCUAGGGUUUCUGGGAUAAUGCUGUUGAUGUGAGCCAUGACCAGCCUUUCAAAGCACUGCAUGGCUACAGACGUCAGUGCUACGGGUCGGUAGUCAUUUAGGCAGGUUAUCUUAGAGUCCUUAGGCACGGGGACUAUGGUGGUCUGCUUGAAACAUGUUGGUAUUACAGACUCAGUCAGGGACAUGUUGAAAAUGUCAGUGAAGACACUUGCCAGUUGGUCAGCACAUGCUCGGAGUACACGUCCUGGUAAUCCGUCUGGCCCUGCGGCCUUGUGAAUGUUGACCUGCUUAAAAGUCUUACUCACAUCGGCUACGGAGAGCGUGAUCACAUAGUCAUCCGGAACAGCUGGUGCUCUCAUGCAUGCUUCAGUGUUGCUUGCCUCGAAGCGAGCAUAGAAGUGGUUUAGCUCGUCUGGUAGGCUUGUGUCACUGGGCAGCUCGCGGCUGUGCUUCCCUUUGUAGUCUGUAAUAGUUUUCAAGCCCUGCCACAUCCGACGAGCGUCAGAGCCAGUGUAGUACGAUUCAAUCUUAGUCCUGUAUUGACUCUUUGCCUGUUUGAUGGUUCGUCGGAGGUCAUAGCGGGAUUUCUUAUAAGCGUCCGGGUUAGAGUCCCGUUCCUUGAAAGCGGCAGCUCUACCCUUUAGCUCAGUGCGGAUGUUUCCUGUAAUCCAUGGCUUCUGGUUGGUGUAUGUACGUACGGUCACUGUGGGGACGACAUCAUCGAUGCACUUAUUGAUGAAGCCAGUGACUGAUGUGGUGUACUCCUCAAUGCUGUCUGAAGAAUCCCGGAACAUGUUCCAGUCUGUGCUAGCAAAACAGUCCUGUAGCUUAGCAUCUGCGUCAUCUGACCACUUUUUUAUUAACCGAGUCACUGGUGCUUCCUGCUUUAGUUUUUGCUUAUAAGCAGGAAUCAGGAGGAUAGAGUUAUGGUCAGAUUUGCCAACUGGAGGGCGAGGGAGAGCUUUGUAUGCGUCUCUGUGUGUGGAGUAAAGGUGGUCUAGAGUUUUUUUUUCCUCUGGUUGCACAUUUAACAUGCUGGUAGAAAUUAGGUAGAACCGGUGUGGCGAUGAUGUAAUCCAGUUUACAAAUUUGUUUUCACUAUAAGCUAAGGGCCUAAAAAACGACCUUGUAAGAGUGUGCAAAGCUGUCAUGAAGGCCAAGGGUGGCUACUUUGAAGAAUCUCAAAUAUAAAAUAUAUUUCGAUUUGUUUAACACUUUUUUUUUUUGGUUACUACAUGAUUCCAUAUGUGUUAUUUCAUCGUUUUGAUGUCUUCACUAUUAUUUUACAAUGUAGAAAAUAGUAAAAUUUAAGAAAAACACUUGACUGAGUAGGUGUCCAAACUUUUGACCGGUACUGUACAUCCACCUCCUUUUCGUUGAAAGGUGGAACAAGUCAGUUGUUCCGACCAAGAUCAAACGCUGUUGAGGGUGGCCUCCUGUAGCUCAGUUGGUAGAGCAUGGCGCUUGCAACGCCAGGGUUGUGGGUUCGAUUCCCACGGGGGGCCAGUAUGAAAAAUGUAUACACUCACUAACUUUAAGUUGCUCUGGAUAAGAGCAUCUGCUAAAUGAUUAAAAUGUAAAUAAAUAAAAAAUGAGUGUGUAGGAUGGUCUGACUACAGAAAGUAUUCAGACCCCUUGACUUUUUCCACAUUUUGUUACGUUACAGCCUUAUUCUAAAAUGGAUUAAAUAGUUUUCCCCCCUCAUCAAUCUACACACAAUACCCUAUAACGACAAAGCAAAAACAGGUUUUUAGACAUUUUUGCUAAUUUAUUAAAAUUAAAAAACUGAAAUAAUAUAUUUACAUAAGUAUUCAGACCCUUUACUCACUACUUUGUUGAAGCACCUUUGGCAGCGAUUACAGCCUCGAGUCUUCUUGUGUAUGACGCUAAAAGCUUGGCACACCUGUAUUCUCCCAUUCUUCUCUGCAGAUCCUCUCAAGCUCUGUCAGGUUGGAUGGGGAGUGUUGCUGCCGGUCUCUCCAGCAAUGUUCGAUCAGUUUUAAGUCCGGGCUCUGGCUGGGCCACACAAGGACAUUCAGAGACUUGUCCCAAAGCCACUCCUGCGUUGUCUUGGCUGUGUGCUUAGGGUCGUUGUCCUCCCCACAUCAUGAUUAUGCCACCACCAUGCUUCACCGUAGGAGUGGCUUCGGGACAAGGUUGCCAGGUUUCCUCCAGAUGUGACAUUAUGUGACGCUUUGCAUUCAGGCCAAAGAGUUCAAUCUUAGUUUCAUCAGACCAGAGAAUCUUGUUUCUCAUGGUCUGAUAGUCUUUAGGUGCCUUUUGGCAAACUCCAAGUGGGCUGUCAUGUGCCUUUUACUGAGGAGUGGCUUCCAUCUGGCCACUCUACCAUAAAGGCCUGAUUGGUGGAGUGCUGCAGAGAUGGUUGUCCUUCUGCAAGGUUCUCCCAUCUCCACAGAGGAACUCUAGAGCUCUGUCAGAGUGACCAUCGGGUUCUUGGUCACCUCCCUGACCAAGGCCCUUCUCCCCCGAUUGCUCAGUUUGGACUGGCGGCUAGCUCUAGGAAGAGUCUUGGUGGUUCCAAACUUCUUCCAUUUAAGAAUGAUGGAGGCCACUGUGUUCUUGGCAAUAGGCCACUAGGUUUGCCUCCGAAAAGACAAACUAAAAGAAAAACCCAGAACAACUUAAGAUAGGGAGUAAAAAAAAACGGGAAACAUAACAAAUCAGGCUUCUUUCAAACUUAAAAGGUUGAGCUCAAAAUCGCACCUCAGCUGACGUGAAGUGUAGCUCUCCUAACCAUCUCUCAUGUUCAACUGGAGCACUGGGCCACUCCUAAAUAUCCCCUGGGCUAACACUGGUGAAACACCUUCCGACUAACGAGAUGGACAAGCCAGCACGGGUGUAACACAUACUGACUAGCAAGGUGACACCAAUCGGUGCUCCCUCGAAAUAGAAAUAACCUGUAACACAUUUUACAAAUAAUUGUCAAUAUAUUACAUUAACACAGGGAUAUUCUUAUUUCAGUUGGUUUGAGCUCUCACUGUUUCUGUUUGAAUUCUCAGGGAUUUCUCCCCGGCCCUCUUCAACAGCGUACCCAUCCUCCCUGGGUCUUCCAGCCAGCUCACCUCCCAGCUUUCCUCGGACUCCAACACGGCCACCUCCAAUUUGGACCCCCUGUCCACCCCACUGGGGGGCAAGGCCCCAGAUGACGCCAAGGACGGGUCAGUUGUCUUAUCUGUCUCCUCUCCAUCUCUCUUUCUCUCCUGCUCUGCUUCCACCCCUCCUUACCGGACCAUUCGUUUAUUAUUUCGCUCUCCUUCCAUUCCUGACAGUGUUUCCGGUGCCAUGGCCCAGGCCUCGUCUCUUAACACCACAGCCAUGAAGUCCAACCUGCUCCUAACCUCCUCCACCAAGAUGGAGCCAAUGAAAGCCCUUGACUCCAGGUUCACAGAGAGGUCAAAGGUCAUGCCCGGGGUCACCAUCUCCUCCAUGGCGGGACUCACCCCGCUAGACAGGUAAGGGAACGGAACCAUCAAGCUUCUCCAAAAGUCUUUUAUGAUCAGUAGACCGUGGCUGAUUUGAGGCAGACAAUGCUGGAAUGUUUUUAUUGUAUUUGUUAUUGGUCAAUUCCACAUCUGAGAUUCUUGUUAUCUGAACAUGGAAAAAAUAAAACACUAUCAGCAGUUUAGGACGUACACAUGUUCAUAUGAACACAACAAAAACAACAGGUUGAAUGCUAGCCUUGUUUUUAACGGAGCAAUCCACCUUUGAGUGACACGUCUGCUUGGAACAGAUGUCAAGUGAUGACCAGUUUUUUUAUUUUUUAUUCACUGAACUAGAUGGUUCACUUUUUGUUUGACUUGGUGGUUGUCUCUCAUAGAAAUAUAAUUACUAGAAAGGGUGUCUUUAUUCAAGUCAAUGAGGCCAUAAUGGAUGGACCAGUGAACAGGAAGUGCAGCUGGAAGUGUCCCCAUUAACCAGGAAGUAGGGCAGGAAGUGUCCCCAUUAACCUGGAAAUAGGGUAGGAAGUACGGCAGGAAGUGUCCCCAUUAACCUGGAAAUAGGGUAGGAAGUACAUUAUUCAAAUUGGGCUUAACAGUCAACUCAACUGCCAUUACAAAAAUUGUAAUGAAAAUUCCAUAUUACCAAGCAUUGUUUCCCCUAGGAUCAUAUAUGGGAAACACUGCUAAGGCGGUUUGGGCAUGGGUUAAUGGAACAAAUGGUAAGUAUUUCUGUGGGUGUUGUCCUCCUGUUGUAGAGUGAAAGACAGCAGCACUUUAAAGGAUCUCAAGGACGAGACGAGCAGCGACAGCGAGGACAAGAUGGCUGUGGUGAAGUCCCUCUCCUUCACCAAGAGGAAAGCCCUCGACGUGGACGGAGGGGACAACCACGUGGAGAAGAGGAAAACCCUCGACAUGGACGGAGGGGACAACCAGGUGGAGAAGAGGAAAAAGGGACGGCCCAGGAAAAUGGACACGAAAAUGAUGACGUCCGUGUCCCACCAACCCUUACAGCAGGUAAUGCCAGUGGAUUUCGCGUAAUCUCAUGACUUCACACAUCAUUUCUGAUAGAAGAUUCUAUCAGAAUAUUCAAGAUAUCCUUGUCUUUGAAUGUAAUGGUUUUGAUUGGAUAUGGGAUCAACAAACUGAUUGGCUGAUUGGAUAUGGGAUCAACAAACUGAUUGGCUGUGUCUGAAAUGACACCCUUAUUCCUAUAGUCAAGGAAUAUUCAACCUGGGAUCCCCUAAAGGUCCGCUGAGGUACUGCAGGGGGUCCAUGAAAAUAUAUUAUUCAGUUGGAAGUCGGAAGUUUACAUACACUUAGGUUGGAGUCAUUAAAACUUGUUUUUCAACCACUCUACACAAAUAUCUUGUUAACAAACUAUAGUUUUGGCAAGUCGGUUAGGACAUCUACUUUGUGCACGACACACGUAAUUUUUCCAACAAUUGUUUACAGACAGAUUAUUUAACUUAUAAUUCAUUGUAUCCCAAUACCAGUGGGUCGAAGUUUACAUACACUAAGUUGACUGUGCCUUUAAACAGCUUGGAAAAUUCCAGAAAAUUACGUCAUGGCUUUAGAAGCUUCUGAUAGGCUAAUUGACAUAAUUUGAGUCAAUUGGAGGUGUACCUGUGGAUGUAUUUCAAGGCCUACCUUCAAACUCAGUGCCUCUUUGCUUAACAUCAAGGGAAAAUCCAAAGAAAUCAGCCAAGACUUCAGAAAAAAAAUUGUAGACCUCCACAAGUCUGGUUCAUCCUUGGGAGCAAUUUCCAAACGCCUGAAGGUACCACGUUCAUCUGUACAAACAAUAGUACGCAAGUAUAAACACCAUGGGACCACGCAGCUGUCAUACCGCUCAGGAAUAAGACGCGUUCUGUCUCCUAGAGAUGAACGUACUUUGGGGGCGAAAAGUGCAAAUCAAUCCCAGAACAACAGCAAAGGACCUUGUGAAGAUUCUGGAGGAAACAGGUACAAAUGUAUCUAUAUCCACAGUAAAAGGAGUCCUAUAUCGACAUAACCUGAAAGGCCGCUCAGCAAUGAAGAAGCCACUGCUCCAAAACCGCCAUAAAAAAGACAGACUACGGUUUGCAACUGCACAUGGGGACAAAGAUCGUACUUUUUUGAGAAAUGUCCUCUGGUCUGAUUGAACAACAAUUGAACUGUUUGGCCAUAAUGACCAUCCUUAUGUUUGGAGGAAAAAGGGGGUGGCUUGCAAGCCGAAGAACAACAUCCCAACCGUGAAGCACUGGGGUGGCAGCAUCAUGCUGUGGGGGUGCUUUGCUGCAGGAGGGACUGGUGUACUUCACAAAAUAGAUGGCAUCAUGAGGAAGGAAAAUUAUGUGCAUAUAUUGAGCAACAUCUCAAGACAUCAGUCAGGAAGUUAAAUCUUGGUCGCAAAUGGGUCUUCCAAAUGGACAAUGACACCAAGCAUACUACCAAAGUUGUGGCAAAAUGGCUUAAGGACAGCAAAGUCAAGGUAUUGGAGUGGCCAUCACAAAGCUCUGACCUCAAUCCUAUAGAAAAUGUGUGGGCAAAACUGAAAAAGCGUGUGUGAGCAAGGAGGCCUACAAACCUGACUCAGUUACACCAGCUCUGUCAGGAGGAAUGGGCCAAAAUUCACCCAACUUAUUGUGGGAAGCUUGUGGAAGGCUAUCCGAAACGUUUGACCCAAGUUAAACAAUUUAAAGGCAAUGCUACCAAAUACUAAUUGAGUGUAUGUAAACUUCUGACCCACUGGGAAUGUGAUGAAAGAAAUAAAAGCUCAAAAAGAUAAUUCUCUCUACUAUUAUUCUGACAUUUUACAUUCUUAAAAUAAAGUGGUGAUCCUAACUGACCUAAAACAGGGAAUUCUUACUAGGAUUAAAUGUCAGGAAUUGUGAAAAAUUGAGUUUAAAUGUAUUUGGCUAAGUUGUAUGUAAACUUCCGACUUCAACUGUAUAUAUAUAUAUAUGUAUUUCAAUGUAGCGAUGAAUAUCUCUAGCAACAACAGAAUGGUUUCGAAGUCAGACCAAUUCUUCAACCAACAGGAUUUUAGCUAGCUUGAUAAGCUUGCUAACAUUGCUAAUAAUAAAGUUAGCUAGCUUGCUUAACAUUGACAAUAUGGUUAAACUAUCUAUAUUAUCCACAUUGAUACGUUUGUAAUUGUCAAUAACAAAUAUGUUAUCAUCUUUUGGUUAAAAGGGUGAAAGUUCAGAGGUGAAAUGUCGCAACUCGGGUAACAAAAAUGUAUCCUAGAUUCCCAUUUGUAAUUGGCUUGGAUGGUGAUUAACCACGUUUCCAUCCACAGUUUUGCAAGUAAAGUCAUACCGUAUAAAAAUAAAUUACGACAACUAUGAUGGAAACAUGAAGUGUCAUUAGAAAUGUAGAAAUGUCGAAAAAACAAUUUGUUCAUUCGUGUCUGUAAAAAUUUAUUAUGCGACAAAUUGCGGUGGAAACGAUUUCUUGCGCAAUUUUUUAUAGAAUAACCAUGUCGAGGUAAAUUUGCAGUCAUGCAAUGCUAUGCUGUGGGGUCCUCCCACUACGACUUGAAAAAGCAUGCAGAGUUUAUUAGGCUAUAAGUUAUGAUGAACUUCGCAGGGUGGUGAAAGUGCACAGUGAUGAGCUUCAUUCUCCUUUCCAAUAAAUAGUGUCUUAAUUUAAAUGCUGUGACAAUGAUCGGUGCUUAGCUGCCAAUGAACAAAUACAAAUGAUUUCGCUCUUAUCCAUCUCAUCAUACACUGAACAAAAAUAUAAAAUGCAACAUGUAGGGUGUUGGUCCCAUGUUUCAUGAGCUGAAAUAAGAUCCCAGAAAUUUUCCAUAUGCACAAAAAGCUUAUUUCUCUCAAAUUGUGUGCACAAAUUUGUUUACAUCCCUGUUAGUGAGCAUUUCUCCUUUGCCAAGAUAAUCCAUCCACCUGACAGGUGUGGCAUAUCAAGAAGCUGAUUAGACAGCAUGAUCAUUACACAGGUGCACCUUGUGCUGAGGACAAUAAAAAGCCACUCUAAAGUAGUUUUGUCACACAACACAAUGCCACAGAUGUCUCAUGUUUUGAGGGAGCGUGCAAUUUGCACGCUUACUGCAGUAAUGUCCACCAGAACUGUUGCCAGAGAAGUGAAUGUUAAUUUCUCUACCACAAGCCACCUCCAAUGUCAUUUUAGAGAAUUUGGCAGUACGUCCAAUCGGACUCACAUCCUCAGACCACGUGUAUGUCUUUGUGUGGGAGAGCGGUUUGCUGAUGUCAACGUUUGUGAACAGAGUGCCCCGUGGUGGUGGUGGGGUUAUGGUAUGGGCAGGCAUAAGCUACAGGACAACGAACACAAUUACAUUUCAUCGAUGGCAAUUUGAAUGCACAAAAAUACCGUGACGAGAUCCUGAGGGCCCAGUCAUGUGAAAUCCAUAGAUUAGGGCCUAAUUUAUUUAUUUCAAUUGACUGAUUUCCUCAUAUGAACUGUAACUCAGUAAAAUCAAUGAAAUUGAUGUUGUCCUGAGAGCAUGCGCACUAAAACACGUCAAAUUAGUGUGUGUUGUUUAUGUGCACGACGAAAUCACCCCACUGCCUUUUAUACACAAGUCAGUUUGAUGGAAACCUCUGGUGGGAAAAUUUGCAUAUAUUUUGUUUAUGCAGAUGUUCUAAUAUUCACAUGAAUCUGUCAGAAAUGUGAAGGAAAUCUAGCUAUUGAAGUGAAAUUUCCCACUCGGAACUCUUAACUUUUGAUAACUCCGAUAGCAUGUGAACGCCCCAUUGCACAUAUUGGAGCUAAUUACACUUACAUAGUAUCUAACCGGCUUUGAGAAAAGGCAUUGUUUAGUACUAGUUUAGUACUGCUAGCUGCUGGUAAGCUUUCUUGACUUGGACAUACAGUGCCUUCGGAAAGUAUUCAGACCCCUUGACUUUUUCCACAUUUUGUUAGGUUAUAGCCUUAUUCUAAAAUUAAUUAAAUUGUUAUUUUUUCCUCAUCAAUCUACACACAAGGUUUUUUAGAAAUGUUGGCUGAAAUCACAUUCAUAUAAGUAUUCAGACCCUUUACUCAGUACUUUGUUGAAGCACCUUUGGCAGCGUUUACAGCCUCGAGUCUUCUUGGGUAUGACGCUACAAGCUUGGCACUCACGUAUUUGGGGAGUUUCUCCCAUUCUUCUCUGCAGAUCCUCUCAAGCUCUGUCAGGUUGGAUAGGGAGUGUUGCUGCACAGCUAUUUUCAGGACCUUCAAUGCUGCAGAAAUGUUUUGGUACCCUUUUCCAGAUCUGUGCCUCGACACAAUGGUGUCUCGGAGUUCUACGGACAAUUCCUUCGACCUCAUGGCUUGGUUUUUGCUCUGACAUGCACUGUCAACUGUGGGACCUUGUAUAGACAGGUGUGUGCCUUUCCAAAUCAUGUCCAAUUACCACAGGUGGACUCCAAUCAAGUUGUAGAAACAUCUCAAGGAUGAUAAAUGGAAACAGGAUGCACCUGAGCUCAAUUUCGUGUCUCAUAGAAAAGGGUCUGAAAACUUAUGUAAAUAAGGUAUUUCAGUUUUUAGUUUUUUAUAAAUUUGCCAAAAAAUCUAAAAACCUGUUUUCGCUUUGUCAUUAUGGGGUAUUAUGUGCAGAUUACUGAGGAUUUUUAUUUAUUUAAUCAAUUUUAGAAUAAGGCUGUAACAUAACAAAAUGUGGGAGAAGUCAAGGGUUCUGAAUACUUUCCGAAUGCAACACAUGGCCUCUUUGUUUAACCAGCUAAACUGCUGCUAUUAGCUCAAAUGUGUUUGGAGUUACCUUUCUAUCAAAUAGGCUAUGUCAGAGCUUACACUUCCUCUUCCUGUUAUAAUGUGGGGACUUUUGACCAUUUUAUUAAUUUUUUUUAUCUUUCCCCUACUGUACACUUGCAGGCUACCCCUUCAUCAGAGAAGGAGCCUUGUUACGCCACUGCUGUCCCUGUGGCUGUCCUCAAACUGCCCACUCCCACACCGCAGAAAGCAUUUACUCUUCAGGUAUAUUAUUAUUAUUAUUAUUAUUAUUUUUAUAUUAUAUCACUCUUCAGGUAAGGCUAAACAACUCUCAUGGUCAUAGACAGAGUCAUGAUGAGUACAAUGGAUGCUAGUCGGAUGUGCUCUCUUUCCCCCAUAUUGUGUGUGUGUAGGUCAGUUUGGAGCCCCCGGUGUACCUGGAGGUGGAGAAUGAGGUCUCUGUGGUGUCCGGAGCCAAACUCAGCCAGCUGCGCUGUUCCAUGGAGGGCAGGGAGUGGGACACGCUGCUGCCUAGCCGAGUCAUCACUGCAGCGGGCAGCAGGUAAGCAUGAAGGGGGAGGGGGGAUCUACAUGUCUAGUCCAGGAGUGUUGAUGGGAGUUAUCUAUUGUCUUAACACUUUACACUUAACCCUUUACACAUGUAUAGCAUGUUACUGUACAGCCACUGAGCUCUGACGUCAUGUAUAGCGUGUUACUGUCCAGCACUGAGCUCUGACGUCAUGUAUAGCAUGUUACUGUACAGCCACUGAGCUCUGACCUCAUGUAUAGCAUGUUACUGUCCAGCCACUGAGCUCUGACGUCAUGUAUAGCGUGUUACUGUCCAGCCACUGAGCUCUGACGUCAUGUAUAGCGUGUUACUGUCCAGCCACUGACCUCUGACCUCAUGUAUAGCGUGUUACUGUCCAGCCACUGAGCUCUGACCACAUGUAUAGCGUGUUACUGUCCAGCCACUGACCUCUGACGUCAUUUACAUUUUAGUCAUUUAGAAGACUCUCUUAUCCAGAGCGACUUACAGUUAGUGAGUGCAUACAUGUUUUCAUACUGGCCCCCCGUGAGAAUCGAACCCAUAACCCUGGCGUUGCAAGCGCCAUGCUCUACCAGCUGAGUUUUGAUUUAGCCGCUUAUCAGUGCCCAAAUCUGCCAUUUUCAACCAGUUUGCUGGUACGAGUGGAAAGGGUUAAAGCUGGAAUCCGUAGCGAUGAAACUGCCACAUCCGUUUGUGACAUUACAACAACAAAGACGUUACUUCAAACAAACACUUGUUUUUGUUUUUUUCGGACAUCAUUGUACGCGCGAUUGAACGGUAGAGUGGAUAGCUCCUCUUCUCUGUUCAACCCGAAGUCCGUGCGGAAAUCUAUACUGAUCAAAAAUAUAAACGCAAACAUUUCAACGAUUUUACUGAGUUACACUUCAUAUAAGGAAAUCGGUCAAUUUAAAUAAAUUCAUUAGGCCCUAAUCUAUGGAUGUCACAUGACUGGGCAGUGGCACAGUCUCUUAUGGUAGAGAAAUGAACAUGCAACAGCUCUGGUGAACAUUCCUACAGUCAGCAAGCCAAUUGCCAUUUCCCUCAAAACUUGAGACAUCUGUGGCAUUGUGUUUAGUGGCCUUUUAUUGUCCCCAGCACAAAGUGCGCCUGUGUAAUGAUCAUGCUGUUAAAUCAGCUUCUUGAUAUACCACACCUGUUCAGUAUAAUUAGCAUCAUUAAAAAAAUCCCCAUAAAAAAUCUGUCAAUUUAAGCUCGAGAUAUGUUUUUUUUUUGCAUUGGGUGCGUCUCAAUCCACCGCAUCCGCUGAUGUUGCACUUCCUCAUCUGCGGUGAAAAGUGACCGAGCUAGAGCGGUGUUUGUCAGACAAUGAGACAUCCCAAAAAUCGGUCUUCUCACAAAAUCGUCUGUAGCAUCCGGUUCGGCCCUAAAAACUAUUGGGACCCCUCUGUGGAACUUAUGAGACUCUCACGGUGGUGUUCCCCCACAAUAGUCUUGGGACUCAUCCGAAGUCGGUACAGCCCAUCUGCCAACUUCUGUCUGUAGCGUCCAAACAGUUUGGGCUAUACACUAAUAUGACCCCUCUGUGGAAAGGUGAGACUCUCAAAAAUACACGUUUUGCUCUAGGACGCCCACAGGCCUCUACCAGUUGAAACAUUUAUGGAAGUGUAUAUAUAGAGACUGUUUAGUACCAAAAAUAAGGGGUUAAAUACAUGUAAAAAAUAAAUAACAAAUGUUUUCUGAUCUCUCAGAUAUAGGACCUACACUUCAGAACAAACUUCCUCUAGAUCUUUUGUUCUUCCAUGUAGUGAAUCCGUUAAUCAAUGCGUUUGUACGGGCUAAUAGCAGUAAGGCUAAAUACACAUUUCUAUCAAAUCAUUUUAAAUUAUUUUUUGUUAUCCUUCAAGGGGUCUUAAAAUGCCAAAUUAAAUAGCAACAUGAUCCUUGGUAUGACCUUCUUAAAACAAUUCCAUACAGCUUAGUAGAACCCCGUCCCCGGCUUAGACUGGGCGUAGACUGUUUAAACCUAAAACAAAUGUUUCCUGAUCUCUCAGAUAUAGGAGAGACACUUCAGAACAAACUUCCUUUAGACUGUAAAGGGUUAAUAUAGUUAACAAUAUGUUUGGGGAUGCCAGCGCUGCUGCUUCCGCUAAUGCGGAUCUCAGCUUUAACGUCUUUGUCCUUGACUGUGCUGUUUAGCGGGUGCAAGGUUUUGGCUUCCAUUCCAACUGUCGUAAUGAACAAAUGUUAACGCUUUAUUUCCACAGUAGUCGAUAAGGUGUCUGUCUGUCUGUCUCUCCUCCUUCCCUCCCCUAGUGACGUGGUGGCAGUGGCGUGCGCCGACCGCAUGUUGUCCGUGUUUUCGGCGUGCGGCCGCCGCCUACUACCCUCCAUCCUGCUGUCAGCGCCCAUGUCCGCCCUGCAUUGCUCAGGCUUCUACGUCAUGGCCUUGACCGCCUGCGCCACCCUGUCCGUCUGGUGAGAGAGAGCCCCGUGUCAGGACACACACACACACACACCCACACACACACACACACACACACACACACCCUGUAUUGACAUGACAAACCCUGUUGAGAUGCACCGUCUAGGCUGCUGCUCCGGUGAGAAGUUUCCCCUAGGUACAGAUCUAGGAUCAGCUUCCCUGCCCCUAUCCUGACCUUAACCAUUAGUUGGGGGAAAUGCAAAACUGAUCCAUGAUCAGCAUCUAGGGGGCAAUUUCACCCUACACCCAGUGUGCACCAGAGGAUGUGAGCGGAGUGGAGCUGGAGUGGAGCGAGGAGCGGAUUUUAAAAUUUUUUGCACGACGGCCAUUUCGCUCCGGUACCAACUCAGCCACGAGCUCUGGUCAUGCUCUGCCCAGCAUUUUUCAUUUCCUUCAUCACUGUGCUUUUAAUUAGACCUAUUCUGUUGUAUUUAUUUAGCCUACACCACCACUAAUGUGCAGAGAUGUUAAAAUGAGUCGACCAAGAAAUAGGUUACAGCCUGUGUAAUAUGAUGGCAAGACAACCAAUGAGCCCAUGCAGCAGCAACGGAGAAGUUUUAGGUUCUAUAUAGGCUGUUUAAAAAAAAAGAGGAGUGCUAAAGUUGUCAAUCAACUGUAAGAUGUGAGCGUAACAGAGCCACAGUUACAAUUAAAGCAUCGGAUCAUCAAUAGAUUAGAGAAAAAGCUUCUUUUUUUUUUAACACAGUGGCGGCAGGUAGAUUAGUGGUUAAGAGCGUUGUGCAAGUAACCGAAAGGUCGCUGGUUCUAAUCCCCGAGCCGACUAGGUGAAAAAUCUGUCUGUGCCCUUGAGCAAGGCCCUUAACCCUAAUUGGUCCUGUAAGUCGCUCUGGAUAAGAGCGUCUGCUAAAUGACUAAAAUGUACAAAUGUACAAAGCCUAUCACCUAGGUAGGUCCACUGUGAGGGAUGACUGGGAUUUCCGACUGCUCAACUCCACUCACAUACUCUGGGGUGGGAUCCCUCCUGACUUGCCACACCUUGUAUUUUAGACUAGAGACAACCCCUAGCCCCUUGACACUUUUGAUUUGAUAGGUGCAAACAUUAUACAUUUUUGGUCGUUUAGCAGACGCUCUUAUCCAGAGCGACUUACAGGAGCAGUUAGGGUUAAGUGCCUUGCUCAAGGGCACAUCGACAUAUUUGUCACCUAGUCUGCUCGGGGAUUCAAACCAGCGACCUUUCGGUUACUGGCUCAACGCUCUUAACUGCGAGGCUACCUACCGCCCCAAUAUGGUGAUAUCGCCGACUUGCUCUCUGAUAGGCUAGGAAGAAUGUAUGACAGAUUGCUUACACCUAUCAAAUCCUGUCAGAUCUCCUCAAGUGUCUAGGGCUUCAGUGACUAGGGCUUCAGAGACUAGGGCUUCAGAGGCUAGGGCUUCAGAGACUAGGGCUUCAGAGGCUAGGGCUUCAGAGGCUAGGGCUUCAGAGACUAGGGCUUCAGAGACUAGGGCUUCAGAGACUAGGGCUUCAGAGGCUAGGGCUUCAGAGGCUAGGGCUUCAGAGACUAGGGCUUCAGAGGCUAGGGCUUCAGAGACUAGGGCUUCAGAGGCUAGGGCUUCAGAGGCUAGGGCUUCAGAGGCUAGGGCUUCAGAGGCUAGGGCUUCAGAGGCUAGGGCUUCAGAGGCUAGGGCUUCAGAGACUAGGGCUUCAUAUUCAAACAAAUUUCACACAUAUAUUAUUUAGUAUAUGUAAAGACAAGAUUAAAUCAAGAAUGGUGUGAUGAGUGACAAUAUUAGCCUAUCACUUGUGAAUGCUAUAUUAUCACGUGUAAAUGAUGCCCAGCAUAAGAAACAAUGCCUUUUUUUUGCGACUUUUCGAAUCAUAGUCGGACACCUCAUGUAGCCUAGCCCAUAGGCCUAUAUGUUUUGAUAAGGUUUGUAUCACAACUAAAGUGGCCAAAUAACUUCUUAAAAUUAAGCACAUUAAUCCGCUUUACAAGGGGUGUAGAGCCUAACUGGCAUACAUAAGCAACGUGUGAGUUUCAAGUUUGGGGAAGAUAAUUUUCACAAUAAAAAUGCACCUUAAUAAUAAAAGCAUUACAUGCAUAAUCGCAUUUGCGGUCACUUUUGAUAAUGGUGUUUUCCCGCUAAUGGAACAUUCGCGCUUAUAGCCUACUGCCAUGUGCGCAUUGCUGCGCUUAUAAUGUGAAGAAAUAGCCUAAUAGUUUAUCAACAUUUUAAUCUGUUGCAUCAGCCACAUUGCGUAAAAAAAUUUUUUUGAUGCUAGUGGUUGUAUUAGUUUGGGCUCUAUUGUAUCCCCAACUGUCCCAGACUGUUUGUAAUAUGUAUUUCUCGCACAGAAUAGAAUAGGUCAACUUUUGUACUAUGGGGGAAAGUAGAUUGACAUAGGCUAGUGCUUUUGCUGUUCGUUAGGCCUACUCAUCUUGUUGGCUGACGAAAAGUAAAUGUGGACAGUUCUUCCAAUAUCUUCAAUAUGCACCUCGGAAUUGGAUAAGGACGUGCGCAGUUGCGUCCCCAAUGUGUCUGUCUUCACUUGUAGCCUGUGAAAAAGACCUGAUCACUUAACGGAGAGCCAUGUGAGUGAGAGGUGGUUCGGAGUGUGCAGCACUCAGGGAGAAGGGCACAACGGCCACUGGCAGCAAAAGGCAUGGAUUAUUUGUGCAUUACGGCCACAAAGGGGAUGCCGCCGUGAAAUUCGAGGCAUUAUCAAGUGCUUGUCAAAUUGUGAAUGCGAGACUGAUGAAGUGUGUAGAGUCUGCGCAAAAAACAAAGCAGAGCUCGUGCCUUUUCAAGCAACUUUUUUCAAAUCAUCAUUAGAGUCUUACAAUGUAUUUAAAAAUGAAAACAUAUAGCCCAUCGUUUGCAGAACUAAAGUUACAUUAAUAACUCUAAAUUAACCAUAUAGGAGUACCUAUUUCUUUGUUAACCGCUCAACACAGAAUAGCCGCAUGUGCGCACUCCCUCAAAUCAUUCGUAGAAAAUAUCCUUUCUAUUUUAUUGCUUAAAGUUAUUGAGGGAGAUAAGAGUCUCCAGCUUCAGAGAUUUUUGCAAUUCGUUCCAGUCAUUGGCAGCAGAGAACUGGAAGGAAUGGCGGCCAAAGGAGGUGUUGGCUUUGGGAAUGACCAGAGAGAUAUACCUGCUGGAGCGCAGACUACGGGUGGGUGCUGCUAUGGUGACCAAUGAGCUAAGAUAAGGCGGGGAAUUGCCUAGCAGUGAUUUAUAGAUGGCCUGGAGCCAGUGGGUUUGACGACGAACAUGUAGUGAGGACCAGCCAACAAGAGCGUACAGGUCACAGUGGUGGGUAGUGUAUGGGGCUUUGGAGACAAAACGGAUGGCACUGUGAUAGACUACAUCCAAUUUGCUGAGUAGAGUGUUGGAGGCUAUUUUGUAAAUGACAUCGCCGAAGUCAAGGAUCGGUAGGAUAGUCAGUUUUACGAGGGCAUGUUUGGCAGCAUGAGUGAAGGAGGCUUUGUUGCGAAAUAGGAAGCCGAUUCUAGAUUUAACUUUGGAUUGGAGAUUAUUUAUGUGAGUCUGGAAGUUGAGUUUACAGUCUAACCAGACACCUAGAUAUUUGUAGUUGUCCACAUACUCUAGGUCAGACCCGUCGAGAGUGGUGAUUCUAGUCGGGUGGGCGGGUGCUAGCAGCGUUCGAUUGAAAAGCAUGCAUUUAGUUUUACUAGUGUUUAAGAGCAGUUGAAGGCUACUGAAGGAUUGUUGUAUGGCAUUGAAGCUCGUUUGGAGGUUUGUUAACACAGUGUCCAAUGAAGGGCCAGAUGUAUACAAAAUGGUGUCGUCUGCGUAGAGGUGGAUCUGAGAGUCACCAGCAGCAAGAGCGACAUCAUUGAUAUACACGGAGAAAAGUGUCGGCCCAAGAAUUGAACCCUGUGGCACCCCCAUAGAGACUGCCAUAGGUCCAGACAACAGGCCCUCCGAUUUGACACACUGAACUCUAUCUGAGAAGUAGUUGGUGAACCAGGCGAGGCAGUCAUUUGAGAAACCAAGGCUAUUUAGUCUGCCAAUAAGAAUGCGGUGGUUGACAGAGUCGAAAGCCUUGGCCAGGUCGAUGAAGACGGCUGCACAGUACUGUCUAUUAUCAAUCGCGGUUAUAAUAUCGUUUAGGACCUUGAGCGUGGCUGAAGUGCACCCGUGACCAGCUCGGAAACCGGAUUGCAUAGCGGAGAAGGUACGGUGGUAUUCGAAAUGGUCGAUGAUCUGUUUGUUAACUUGGCUUUCGAAUACUUUCGAAAGGCAGGGCAGGAUGGAUAUAGGUCUGUAGCAGUUUGGAUCUAGAGUGUCACCCCCUUUGAAGAGGGGGAUGACCGCGGCAGCUUUCCAAUCUCUGGGGAUCUCAGACGUUAUGAAAGAGAGGUUGAACAGACUAGUAAUAGGGGUUGCGACAAUUUCGGCGGCUAGUUUUAGAAAGAAAGGGUCCAGAUUGUCUAGCCCAGCUGAUUUGUAGGGGUCCAGAUUUUGCAGCGCUUUCAAAACAUCAGCUGUCUGAAUUUGUGUGAAGGAGAAGCGGGGGGGGCAUGGGCAAGUUGCAGCAGAGGGUGCAGAGUUGGUGGCCGGGUUAGUGGUAGCCAGAUGGAAAGCAUGGCCAGCUGUAGCAAAAUGCUUGUUGAAAUUCUCGAUUAUUGUAGAUUUAUCGGUGGUGAUAGUGUUUCCUAGCCUCAGUGCAGUGGGCAGCUGGGAGGAAGUGCUCUUAUUCUCCAUGGACUUUACAGUGUCCCAAAACUUUUUGGAGUUAGUGCUACAGGAUGCAAAUUUCUUUUUGAAAAAGUUAGCCUUUGCUUUCCUGACUGCUUGUGUAUAUUGGUUCCUAACUUCCCUGAAAAGUUGCAUAUCGCGGGGGCUAUUUGAUGCUAAUGCUGUACGCCACAGGAUGUUUUUGUGCUGGUCAAGGGCAGUCAAGUCUGAGGAGAACCAGGGGCUAUAUCGGUUCUUAGUUCUGUAUUUUUUGAAUGGGGCAUGUUUAUUUAAGAUUGAGAGGAAAUUACUUUUAAGGAACAACCAGGCAUCCUCUACUGACGGAAUGAGAUCUAUAUCCAUCCAGGAUACCUGGGCCAGGUCAAUUAGGAAGGCCUCCUCGCUAAAGUGUUUUAGGGAGCGUUUGACAGUGAUGAGGGGUGGUCGUUUGACCGCGGACCCGUUACGGACGCAGGCAAUAAGGCAGUGAUCGCUGAGAUCCUGGUUGAAGACAGCUGAGGUGUAUUUAGAGGGUAUGUUAGUCAGGAUGAUAUCUAUGAGGGUACCCAUGUUUACGGAUUUAGGGUUGUACCUGGUAGGGUCGUUGAUAAUUUGCGUGAGGUUGAGGGCAUCUAGCUUGGAUUGUAGGAUGGCUGGGGUAUUAAGCAUAUCCCAAUUUAGGUCACCAAGCAGUACAAACUCUGAGGAUAAAUGGGGGGCAAUCAAUUCACAUAUGGUGUCCAGGGCACAGCUGGGGGCUGAGGGGGGUCUGUAGCAAGCGGCAACAGUGAGAGACUUAUUUCUGGAAAGGUGGAUUUUUAGAAGUAGAAGCUCAAACUGUUUGGGCACAGACCUGGAUAGUAUGAUGGAGCUCUGCAGGCUAUCUCUACAGUAGAUUGCAACUCCACCCCCUUUGGCAGUUCUAUCUAGACGGAAAAUGUUAUAGUUGGGGAUGGAAAUUUCAGAAUUUUUGGUGGCCUUCCUGAGCCAGGAUUCAGACACUGCUAGAACAUCAGGGUUGGCAGAGUGUGCUAACGCAGUGAAUAACUCAAACUUAGGAAGUAGACUUCUGAUAUUUAUGUGCAAGAAACCAAGACUUUUGCGAUUACAGAAGUCAUCAAAUGAUAGCGCCUGGGGAGUAGGAGUGAUACUGAGGGCUGCAGGGCCUGGGUUAGCCUCUACAUCACCAGAGGAACAGAGGAGGACUAGAAUAAGGAUACGGCUAAAGGCUUUAAGAACUGGUCUUCUAGUGCGUUGGGUACAUAGAAUAAAGGGGGCAGAUUUCCGGGUGUUAUAGAAAAGAUUCAGGGCAUUAUGUACAGACAAGGAUAUGGAAGGAUAUGAGUAAAGUGGAGGUAAACCUAAGCGUUGGGUAACAAUGAAAGAGAUAGUAUCUCUAGAGGCAUCAAUUGAGUCGGUCUCUGAGUGUAUGGGGGGAGGGACAAAGGAGCUAUCUAAGGCAGGUUUAGCUAGGCUGGGGGGUCUACAGUGAUAUAGUACAAUUAGAAAUAACCGAAACAACAAUAAACUAACCAUGUUUGGGCUGAGGCUAAACAUAAACAGGAUGUAGUACCGUAAAAAGGAACAGUCCAGCAGAUAUCAGCUGUAUAGCUGAGUUAUCAUAAGGUCCGGUGGUGAAGCACUUGUGAGUAAGAGGCCACGGAUAGCGUGUGCUAGCGGGCCAGGGCUAGCAGAUGGAUGGAAUCUUCGUGGUUAACGUCGUAACCACAUCAGACGAUUUCGUCGGCAGACCAGUCGUGUAGGAUCGGCGGGGCUUCGUGUCAACACUAGGUGGUCCCGUCCGGUUGACAGAGAGGUAGAUAGCCGGGAGAUGGGCCUAGCUCAGGAUGAUUAGCCAGACCACAGCGUCCGUUUUGUUGUAGCCAGCUGGUAGCGAUGAAUCCGGAGUUAAAGGUCCAGUGAUUCAGUGAUUCCGGCGGAAAAACUGAUAUGAUCUGGGUCGAUAACGCGCUGUGCAGACUGGCCGAAUAUCCGGUGAUCAAUGUCCAAUGAUUAAAAUUAAUCCCGCUGGAAACAAAUCCAAUGUUUUGGGUGAAACACCGCUAGCUGUGGCUAAUAGCAAGUAGCUAGUUCAGUAGCUAGUUCAGUUUAGUGAGUAAGAGGCCACGGAUAGCGUGUGCUAGCGGGCCAUGUGUGCACCAGAGGAUGUGAGCGGAGUGGAGCUGGAGUGGAGCGAGGAGCGGAUUUAAAAAAUGUUAGCACGACGGCCAUUUCGCUCUGGUACCAACUCAGCCACGAGCUCUGGUCAUGCUCUGCCCAGCAUUUUUCAUUUCCUUCAUCACUGUGCUUUUAAUUAGACCUAUUCUGUUGUAUUUAUUUAGCCUACACCACCACUAAUGUGCAGAGAUGUUAAAAUGAGUCGACCAAGAAAUAGGUUACAGCCUGUGUAAUAUGAUGGCAAGACAACCAAUGAGCCCAUGCAGCAGCAACGGAGAAGUUUUAGGUUCAAUAUAGGCUGUUAAAAAAAAAAAAAGAGGAGUGCUAAAGUUGUCAAUCAACUGUAAGAUGUGAGCUUAACAGAGCCACAGUUACAAUUAAAGCAUCGGAUCAUCAAUAGAUUAGAGAAAAAGCUUCUUUUUUUUUUAACACAGUGGCGGCAGGUAGAUUAGUGGUUAAGAGCGUUGUGCCAGUAACCGAAAGGUCGCUGGUUCUAAUCCCCGAGCCGACUAGGUGAAAAAUCUGUCUGUGCCCUUGAGCAAGGCCCUUAACCCUAAUUGGUCCUGUAAGUCGCUUUGGAUAAGAGCGUCUGCUAAAUGACUAAAAUGUACAAAUGUACAAAGCCUAUCACCUAGGUAGGUCCACUGUGAGGGAUGACUGGGAUUUCCGACUGCUCAACUCCACUCACAUACUCUGGGGUGGGAUCCCUCCUGACUUGCCACACCUUGUAUUUUAGACUAGAGACAACCCCUAGCCCCUUGACACUUUUGAUUUGAUAGGUGCAAACAUUAUACAUUUUUGGUCGUUUAGCAGACGCUCUUAUCCAGAGCGACUUACAGGAGCAGUUAGGGUUAAGUGCAUUGCUCAAGGGCACAUCGACAUAUUUGUCACCUAGUCUGCUCGGGGAUUCAAACCAGCGACCUUUCGGUUACUGGCUCAACGCUCUUUAACUGCUAGGCUACCUACCGCCCCAAUAUGGUGAUAUCGCCGACUUGCUCUCUGAUAGGCUAGGAAGAAUGUAUGACAGAUUGCUUACACCUAUCAAAUCCUGUCAGAUCUCCUCAAGUGUCUAGGGCUUCAGAGACUAGGGCUUCAGAGACUAGGGCUUCAGAGACUAGGGCUUCAGAGACUAGGGCUUCAGAGGUUAGGGACAGGACCAUACAUUGAGACGUGUUCUUUCUUCUCCAUCUUGUUCUUCUCUACAGGGAUGUCCAAAAACAGAGUGCUGUGGUGAAGAAUGAAUCUUUACAGACCAUUUUAUCAGGUGAGAGGAGGUUUUCUCUGUUGAGGAUAGCUAUUUGUUUGGAUUUAAGUCUAUGGGCUGGUUUCCCAGACACAGAUUAAUCCUAGUUCUGGACUAAAAAGCAUGGUCAAUGGAGAAUCUUUUUAGUCCAGGAUUAGACUUGAAACUGCCCUUAAAAGCUUAGUUUCUCCUCCCUGUAUUCAUCCUCUCCUGUUUCUCCUCCCUGUAUUCAUCCUCUCCUGUUUCUCCUAGGCACAGAAUGCACUGUGUCCCAGUCCUUACUGACACAGCAGGGGGUCCCAGUCAUUGGCCUCUCCAAUGGGAAGUCUUACUGCUUCAACUCCUCCUUGGAGACAUGGUAAGGCCCACACACACACUUUAGAGAAAUCAUGAAAGUCGCACAUUCAAUGUACCCCCCCCCCCCCCCCCCCCCCCCAAAUUAUCGAAUGGAUUGAUUGAACCAAUGUUUCGGUACGAUGUUGACCCCGUAGAAUGCUGAAGAAGGCAUAUUGUGCCUAAAUGUCUGGUCAAUCAAUCCAUGACAUCAUUAGAAGUAUAUACUGUAGAGUAGUGUUCGUCAGCACCUUGCCAACUGUUCUACUGACUGUUGUAACAGGACACUCUGUACCAGUUAAACACUGGAAAAUCACCAAGAAAUCAGCUCAAAGUGAUUGUAAUGGAGGAACUCUGUUCCCCAGUAAAUAGAGUAAAUAAAUAGAGACAUAUCUGUAAUCAACAGAAAUGAUUUACAGUGCAUUCAGAAAGUAUUCAGACCCCUUGACUUUAUCCACUUUUUGUUACGUUACAGAGUGUUAUUCUAAAAUUGAUUAAAUUGUUUCCCCCCCCCCCCCUCAGUCUACACACAAUACCCCAUAAUGACAAAGCAAAAACAGGUUUUUAGAGAUUUUUGCAAAUGUAUUAAAAAUACUAAAACUGUCACAUUUACAUAAGUAUUCAGACCCUUUACUCAGUACUUUGUUGAAGCACCUUUGGCAGCGAUUAUAGCCUUGAGUCUUCUUGGGUAUGACGCUACAAGCUUGGCACACCUGUAUUUGGGGAGUUUCUCCCAUUCUUCUCUGCAGGUCCUCUCAAGCUCUGUCAGGUUGGAUGGGGAGUGUCGCUGCACAGCUAUAUUCAGGUCUCUCCAGAGAUUUUCGAUCGGGUUCAAUUCCGGGCUCUGGCUGGGCCACUCAAGGACAUUCAGAGACUUGUCCCGAAGCCACUCCUGUGUUGUGUUUAGGGUCGUUGUCCUGUUGGAAGGUGAACCGUCGCGCCAGUCUGAGGUCCUGAGCGCUCUGGAGCAGGUUUUCCUCAAGGAUCUCUCUGUACUUUGCACCGUUCAUCUUUCCUUUGAUUCUGACUAGUCUCCCAGUCCCUGCCACUGAAAAACAUCCCUACAGCAUGAUGCUGCCACCACUAGGGCUGUUGCGGUGACCGUAUUACCGCCACACCGGCGGUCAUGAGUCAUGAAGGCAGUCAAAUUCCACGUGACCGUAUAGUUACGGUAACUAGGCUUCUCCAAGCUCUGAUGCUGCUGAUGGUUAUUAGUAGCCUACCAAACCUGCUAACUGCCUGGUACUCAGCUCUCUAUUGUCCCUCUAAUCACUCUGACAUCAAAGCAAAUGUAAUCGAAAAAUCUAAUCAAACACUUCAUGAGAGCCCAUGAGCUCAUGUUGCGCAACAUUUCUAUAGGCUUUGCAAUUGCGUGAGAAAACUGAGUGAUGGCCUCUAUUAAAAAGAGGAGGAUCCCAUCAGCUUUCAAUAGGCUAGGCCUACUAUAUUUAUUUCUCAACUUUCCUAAUAUUAUGCAAAUUGCUUCUCUGUACAACAGGAGUAUAGCCUACCUGGUUGGCAUGAAAGUUAACCACAGGAAAAGCGUCCUCCAUUCGCUAUUUAAGUGCAUAAAUGACAUGUAUUUUUUCCCGCUGCCCCUGUUUCGAGUCAGGUGCAUGAUAAUGGGCCAUUCUAAAUCAAAACAAAUUUCACACAUAUAUUAUUUAGUAUAUGUAAAGACAAGAUUAAAUCAAGAAUAGUGUGAUGAGUGACAAUAUUAGCCUAUCACUUGUGAAUGCUAUAUUAUCACGUGUAAAUGAUGCCCAGCAUAAGAAACAAUGCCAUUUUUUUUGCGACUUUUCGAAUCAUAGUCGGACACCUCAUGUAGCCUAGCCCAUAGGCCUAUAUGUUUUGAUAAGGUUUGUAUCACAACUAAAGUGGCCAAAUAACUUCUUAAAAUUAAGCACAUUAGUCCGCUUUACAAGGGGUGUAGAGCCUAACUGGCAUACAUAAGCAACGUGUGAGUUUCAAGUUUGGGGAAGAUAAUUUUCACAAUAAAAAUGCACCUUAAUAAUAAAAGCAUUACAUGCAUAAUCGCAUUUGCGGUCACUUUUGAUAAUGGUGUUUUCCCGCUAAUGGAACAUUCGCGCUUAUAGCCUACUGCCAUGUGCGCAUUGCUGCGCUUAUAAUGUGAAGAAAUAGCCUAAUAGUUUAUCAACAUUUUAAUCUGUUGCAUCAGCCACAUUGCGUAAAAAAGGUUUUUUGAUGCUAGUGGUUGUAUUAGUUUGGGAUCUAUUUUAUCCCCAACUGUCCCAGACUGUUUGUAAUAUUUAUUUCUCACACAGAAUAGAAUAGGUCAACUUUUGUACUAUGGGGGAUAGUAGAUUGACAUAGGCUAGUGCUUUUGCUGUUCGUUAGGCCUACUCAUCUUGUUGGCUGACGAAAAGUAAAUGUGGACAGUUCUUCCAAUAUCUUCAAUAUGCACCUCGGAAUUGGAUAAGGACGUGCGCAGUUGCGUCCCCAAUGUGUCUGUCUUCACUUGUAGCCUUUGAAAAAGACCUGAUCACUUAACGGAGAGCCAUGUGAGUGAGAGGUGAUUCGGAGUGUGCAGCACUCAGGGAGAAGGGCACAACGGCCACUGGCAGCAAAAGGCAUGGAUUAUUUGUGCAUUACGGCCACAAAGGGGAUGCCGCCGUGAAAUUCGAGGCAUUAUCAAGUGCUUGUCAAAUUGUGAAUGCGAGACUGAUGAAGUGUGUAGAGUCUGCGCAAAAAACAAAGCAGAGCUCGUGCCUUUUCAAGCAACUUUUUUCAAAUCAUCAUUAGAGUCUUACAAUGUAUUUAAAAAUGAAAACAUAUAGCCCAUCGUUUGCAGAACUAAAGUUACAUUAAUAACUCUAAAUUAACCAUAUAGGAGUACCUAUUUCUUUGUUAACCGCUCAACACAGAAUAGCCGCAUGUGCGCACUCCCUGAAAUCAUUUGGAGAAAAUAUCCUUUCUAUUUUAUUCAGCUUUGUUCAAUUGUGUUCUUCACACUAUAAAAUAAUGCCAGGGAAUUCUAAGCAAAUCUUGUCUGCUAAAUGAACUAGUGUAGCCCACAGCCAUCUGGCAUAGCCAGAUGAGGACCUAACAUAUGGACAACUCACUAUGUUAUUCUGUUCUUCUGAAAUGUUCAUAUCAUGCUUCUUUAGACCUGUCUAAAAUAAAUAAUGGAUUUAUUGUGAAGGUGUAGGCUAUAUUACAUAGAUUUAUUAGACUUUUUCAAAUAUAGAUGUUCCAAAGGUCUGCAUCAGUGGCUUGUAGGCUAUGUGUGGAAGCCAGGAGAUGCUAAAUGUGUUUAUGUCAAUUACCAUUAGACCGACAGUUAUUUGCUUGACUAUCACCGGCUGAUGAAAUUUCGUGACCGCCACAGCCCUAGCCACUACCAUGCUUCACCGUAGGGAUGGUUCCAGGUUUCCUCCAGACGUGCCACUACCAUGCUUCACCGUAGGUGAUGGUGCCAGGUUUCCUCCAGACGUGCCACUACCAUGCUUGACCGUAGGGAUGGUGCCAGGUUUCCUCCAGACGUGCCACUACCAUGCUUCACCGUAGGGAUGGUGCCAGGUUUCCUCCAGACGUGCCACUACCAUGCUUCACCGUAGGGAUGGUUCCAGGUUUCCUCCAGACGUGCCACUACCAUGCUUCACCGUAGGGAUGGUGCCAGGUUUCCUCCAGACGUGCCACUACCAUGCUUGACCGUAGGGAUGGUGCCAGGUUUCCUCCAGACGUGCCACUACCAUGCUUCACCGUAGGGAUGGUGCCAGGUUUCCUCCAGACGUGCCACUACCAUGCUUCAUCGUAGGGAUGGUGCCAGGUUUCCUCCAGACGUGCCACUACCAUGCUUCACCGUAGGGAUGGUACCAGGUUUCCUCCAGACGUGCCACUACCAUGCUUCACCGUAGGGAUGGUGCCAGGUUUCCUCCAGACGUGCCACUACCAUGCUUCACCGUAGGGAUGGUGCCAGGUUUCCUCCAGACGUGACGCUUGGCAUUCAGGCCAAAGAGUUCAAUCUUGGUUUCAUCAGACCAGAGAAUCUUGUUUCUCAUGGUCUGAGAGUCUUUAAGUGCCUUUUGGCAAACUCCAAAACCUAUUUUCGCUUUGUCUUUAUGGGGUAUUGUGUGUAGAUUGAGGAUUUUAUUUUAUUUAAUCCAUUUUAGAAUAAGGCUGUAACGUAACAAAAUGUGGGAAAAAGGAAGGGGUCUGAAUACUUUCAGAAUGCACUGUAUUGUAGUUUAAUAUUAUAUCUGUUUGGGUUCUUGCGAUCAAUUUGCGGUGUACAAAUUAUUUAUCGUUAUGUUCCGGCCCCCCGACUAUCCGCUCAAGAAUAAAUCAUCCCGAGGCUGAAUGUAGCUGGGGACCUUUUAUGCAGUCAGCAAGCAUACAAGUAGUGUUGAAUUAUUAAACCUGUGUGAUCGGGUGUGUAUACCAUCGACAGACAUCUAGGUGUACAAACAAAAACAGUGUCAUGUCCACUAAUCCUCUCUUGUUGUGUGUGUGUGUGUGUGUGUGUGUGUGUGUUUGUCAGGAACCUGAUAGCGGAUAAGCAGGACUCCCUGGUGCAGUGUGCUGACUUCAAGAACUGCAUCUCCUCCCAGGAUGCCCCUGUUUCCCAGGGACCCCUGGCUCUCAUGCAGGGACGCAACCUCAAGUGAGUCUGACUGUUACGCUUCGGGAGGAAGUUUCCCCUAAGUACAGAUCUAGAAUCAACUUAUCCUCCCCUCAAUCCUAACCUUAUCCAUUAGUGGGGAAAAUUGACCCAAGAUCAGAGUCUAAGGAAACGUCACCCAUACACAGACUGUUACACACUCACCACAUUUACACAUUAUUGGGCCAGGGCUCAAGGUCUCAGCAGGGUCGUGUUCCAGAAACGGGUACUAAAACGGGGAGGUACUAUCCAAACUCGUCCAGUAAGAAAGGCUUGUUUUCCUAUUCUGUCUCAAAAUGUUUUCAAACAUUUUCACAUGGUGUGUCAUAUUGACAAUAAUGUCUAUCUGCAGACUGCAGUUACUGCAGGAACGUCUCACACCGUUAUCAUCGCCUCGCUACACGCUGCGCCCACUGAGGCGGCUUCCUCGUGACAGUAUGGGAGGAGAAAUGUGGGAAGAUGUCUUCGGCUUCCGGACAUUUAAAACAGACAUUAAAUACCACUAGUUAAGGAGUGAUGUUUAUUUAGAUGGGCGAGCGAGAAAUGACCUGUAACAUUUAUCAUGUCAAUUAGCGAGCGUUACUGUAUGGAGGUGUUGUGCCGACCUGCUUCCCACUGGGCAGCUGUAUCACGGUGUCUCCGGCGGUACUUAACAUGGCCAAAUGUUUUCCUCCAAGGUUUAGCAGCCUUCAAGACAAAUGUAUAAUAUUGGUCAACAUUUGGAAGUUACGGGAUACAGUCUACUCAGUGGAGAGAGCAUGCACGGCAAGUUGGUGUUUCACAACACCGGUACACCGUGUCCUUCACCCCCCGCCUGCCGAGCACCGCUCUCCCGCAGUUCUGUUAAUGUUACGGAGAGGGAAGUAGCUAGCUAGUGUAGUCAAGGUGAAAGCUAAUGCACAGACACAGUGGUUGCUUGGUUCUGGUGAUUUUUCACCCGAAAAUGUUCAAGUAGGCUAUGGCAUUAACAUUGUAUCCCAGAAUUAUAUAAACUACAUUAAUCCUGAACACUUUGCUAACUGUUUUCCUAUUUUUCUAUGUUUAAUGCGGUUGUUUCCCUCUCCCAGUGCGGGUCGCCUGGCCUCCAGACUUUCGUCCACCCCCCACCACCUGCAGCAUGGCAUGACCCUGGCCUUCCUGGAGAACCAGCUGGCGUCGGCCCUCACCCUGCGCUCCAGCACAGAGUACCACUACUGGCUGCUCAUCUAUGCACGCUUCCUGGUCACUGAGGGUGAGCCAGACUGUGUCCCAAAUGGCAACCUAUGGACUUCUACUUAUGACCAGGGCCCAUAGGGGAAGUGGAUGGAAUGCAAGUGACCAGGGCCCAUAGGGGAAGUGGAUGGAAUGCAAGUGACCAGGGCCCAUAGGGGAAGUGGAUGGAAUGCAAGUGACCAGGGCCCAUAGGGGAAGUGGAUGGACCAGGGCCCAAAGGGGAAGUGGAUGGAAUGCAAGUGACCAGGGCCCAUAGGGGAAGUGGAUGGAAUGCAAGUGACCAGGGCCCAUAGGGGAAGUGGAUGGAAUGCAAGUGACCAGGGCCCAUAGGGGAAGUGGAUGGAAUGCAAGUGACCAGGGCCCAUAGGGGAAGUGGAUGGAAUGCAAGUGACCAGGGCCCAUAGGGGAAGUGGAUGGAAUGCAAGUGACCAGGGCCCAUAGGGGAAGUGGAUGGAAUGCAAGUGACCAGGGCCCAUAGGGGAAGUGGAUGGACCAGGGCCCAAAGGGGGAAGUGGAUGGAAUGCAAGUGACCAGGGCCCAUAGGGGAAGUGGAUGGAAUGCAAGUGACCAGGGCCCAUAGGGGAAGUGGAUGGAAUGCAAGUGACCAGGGCCCAUAGGGGAAGUGGAUGGAAUGCAAGUGACCAGGGCCCAAAGGGGAAGUGGAUGGAAUGCAAGUGACCAGGGCCCAUAGGGGAAGUGGAUGGAAUGCAAGUGACCAGGGCCCAUAGGGGAAGUGGAUGGAAUGCAAGUGACCAGGGCCCAUAGGGGAAGUGGAUGGAAUGCAAGUGACCAGGGCCCAUAGGGGAAGUGGAUGGAAUGCAAGUGACCAGGGCCCAUAGGGGAAGUGGAUGGAAUGCAAGUGACCAGGGCCCAUAGGGGAAGUGGAUGGAAUGAAAGUGAAUGGGGCCCAUAGGGGAAGUGGAUGGAAUGCAAGUGACCAGGGCCCAUAGGGGAAGUGGAUGGAAUGCAAGUGACCAGGGGCCCAUAGGGGAAGUGGAUGGAAUGCAAGUGAAUGGGGCCCAUAGGGGAAGUGGAUGGAAUGCAAGUGACCAGGGCCCAUAGGGGAAGUGGAUGGAAUGCAAGUGACCAGGGCCCAUAGGGGAAGUGGAUGGAAUGCAAGUGACCAGGGCCCAUAGGGGAAGUGGAUGGAAUGCAAGUGAAUGGGGCAUGUGUGUCAAAAUGAACUGAAAUCAACUCCAUAUUUGGUCAUGUGAUUUGGCAUGUACCCGUGUCCCAUUCACUUCCAUUGAUUGUUAGCUUGUGGUGGCCCAAGUAAGCUAAAGUUUGUAGUAGCUGAAAACUGAACCAUGGAUUAUAGUUUCUCCUGGUCCAUAUGCUAAUUUCAGGAUGAGGAACCAUCUAAGUGGUAAAUUCCUGAACUUUCCUUUGAAUUGACAUUUUCUUGCUGCCUACCUAACCUUUUGUGUGUUCUGUCCGGCAGGCUCCGAUUAUCGACUACGGGAGCUCUGUAAAGACUUACUGGGACCAGUGCACAAGUCUGCCGGCAGUGCCUGGGAGCCUACAACCCUGGUAGGUACCUACAAGGCAGCAUGGUACCUACAAGGCAGCAUGGUACCUACAAGGCAGCAUGGUACCUACAAGGCAGCAUUGUACCUACAAGGCAGCAUGGUACCUACAAGGCAGCAUGGUACCUACAAGGCAGCAUGGCUAGGACCGAAUGAAUCUUGUCCGCAGGCUCAAUUGCUACAGCAUUUAGACUGCGUUUACACAGGCUGCCCAAUUCUUUUUUCUUUUUUUUUACACAUUUGUCUUUUGACCAAUCAGGUCAGCUCUUUUGCCAAUAAUUGGACAAAAGAACAGAAUUGGGCUUCCUGUGUAAACACAAGCAUAGAGCCUGGGAAUACCGAGCCUGGGAAUACCGAGCAACAGAAUUGGACUUAAAAGGGGUGCGGCUAAAAGGCGAGACAGAGCCCCCUUCAGCUCUGUCUAUUCUUCCUGUGAGUACUCUGACAUUAUUUAAUGAGAGUACUCGAACAGUGAAAUCAUUUCAAAUGCCCAUCCCAAAUCCCAAACAAAAUAGCAAUGAUGAUUGAGGAGAGAGCAGUGAUUAUGGGAUUGGGUCAAUCCCAGAGAGGGUCCCAAACAGCAUUGGCUACAGGAGCACUACUUGUGAUGGGAGGUCGCGGCUCCAGUAAUGUUCCAGUAAUGUGGUCCAAACAGAAGGAAACGAUCAUGUGGUGUGACUUGGCCUCUGACCCCCUGUCUGCCUCUCCCCAGGGCCUGCGGAAGAGGGACCUGUUGAGAGAGCUGCUGCCCGUCAUAGGACAGAACCUGCGUUUCCAGAGGCUCUUCACAGAGUACCAGGACCAGCUGGAGCUGCUCGGCAACAAAUAGCACUUCUCAAACUAACUCGCUUACUAACCCACUAUCCUAUCCAGCCCAGCUCCACCCUGGCUGCUGACAGACAUUCCCUCCUCCAGCUCUGGCUCUAUCCAGCCCUCCCUACGCUCUGCUCCGUCUUCACCUCUCUCCACCUGAAGGAAGCACUCACUGUCCCUGGGUGGAGAACCACUGGCACCCGGGUUGUAGAACGCUGAAAACAGCACUGAAUAAUGACAUGAACUGAUUAUGCAUUGUCAUCUGUCAAAAAAUUUCCAUGAAUAAUUGAUCGAUUAAUUAUGUUGUUGAUGACGACAAUGAUGAUAAAUAUGUUGAACUGUUAUGGCGAAGGAACUCAAGAGCCCCGCUGGAACUGUCAGGAGGAUUCUCCUUCUGGGAAGACGGAGGAAAGCGUAGACCUGGUUUUGGAUGAGUCACUAGAAGCACAACAGUCCCGUCCCCCUAAACCUCCCCGACUGACUAUGGGUCUCACCAGCCCUGUCCUGUCCUCUCCUGCCCUGGGGUGCAACUAUACAGGGUCAUUUGGGGUCACAAGCUUAAGGCUAAAUGUAAUGUAAAAAGAAAAGCCACAGUAGGAUAGGGGAGAGAUGUUCUACCAUGAAUCACCCUCUUCUGAGCUUAACCCCUCUUCUCUCCUAUCCUCUUUACAGAAUGUGUACAGACUCUUUUCUGUUAGUCAUUUUUAAAUGUUUGUACAAGGCAACUUCUUUUCCAUUUUCUAAAAAAAAUGAGGAAAAAAAAGCAUACAAAACAGGCAACACUUGUGUUUGAAACGAAAUAAAACUAUCAAC